AUGCAAUUUACACCUCGGAUUGCCAGCUUGGCUGAUCUGACCGCUGUCCAAAACGUUGUCAUAGACGCCUACACGCCUUACGUGAGCUCCAUCGGGUGCAAGCCUGGGCCACUGCUGGAUGACUAUGAAGCUCUCAUCAGGGCCGGGCGCGUCACCGUCGUCGACGUCAACGGUGCUAUCAAAGGAAUACUCGUCCUGAUACCCGAGGAAGACGCCAUGCUCCUGGACAAUGUGGCCGUUGCGGCAUCCGCGCAGGGACUGGGAUUGGGUCGUGAGCUAAUUGCGUAUGCGGAGAAAAGCGCCAAAGACGUUGGGUUUCCUGUGAUCAGGCUCUACACGCAUGUGGCGAUGACGAGAAAUAUUGAGUAUUACGCUCGAAUAGGGUAUGUGGAGACACAUAGGGCUGAACAGAAUGGACUCAAGAGGGUAUUCAUGGCGAAGUCGUUGACAUAG